AUGUUCAAGGUCGGUGUCGUUACGGAGCGAAGUGCAGGUUUAGACACGAAAUCCAGGCAAGGUGAUGUAUUAGCACGCACUCAGCUUGUUGAAGGUGCUGAGUUGAGUCGUACUAAUGUCAACCACCAAUUCGAUCAGAAGGGUCGUCGUCAGCGCAAUGUCCAACAGGAUCGCCAGCCCAGGACGGCUCAGUCACAGGUGCAGCGCACCAUCUCUCAAAGGUCAGCAUCGGAGAAUUCCAGCCAUCCGUCUGUUGGACCAUCCAGAGGUUCCAAGGGUGGCGAAGUGUGUCGCGCUUGGAAGGCCGGGACGUGCACAAGAGGCACCAAAUGCUGGUUUCCGCACAGCAUCGAAGAACAUCUUGAAGAUGUUGUUCCUCAACAAAUUGAAACAGAAGAAAAGUUAGCCGUGGAGGCUCGUGCAACCGAGGUCGCCAAAGCUCGUGCAGCUGAGACUAAGGCUCGUGCGGCCGAGAUUGCCAAAACUCGUGCAGCUGAGACCAAGGCUCGCGCGGCUGAGAUUGCCAAAGCUCGUGCAGCUGAGACCAAAGCUCGUGCAGCUGAGACCAAAGUUCGUGCAGCCGAGAUUGCCAAAGCUCGUGCAGCUGAGACCAAAGCUCGUGCAGCCGAGAUUGCCAAAGAAGCCGCUGCGAAGACAGUUCAGACCGUUGUGCUUGGGUCCAUCGUAACCUUCAGCGCAGGCCUUCAAUUAUCUCACCUAAUCACCGGAUUCGAGUGCUGCACCUUGCGUAUUGCAAAUCUGCCUCCCAAUGUGCAGGAAGAUGAAAUCAAUACACUGUUCACAGACCGCGGCCUUGAUCGAGGGCGCUUCCAUCUUGUUAGCGUCAAGCCCAUGCCAAGUGGUGGAAAGCUUAGUGCUGAAAUCAUCACAGACGCUGAGUCCGGGAAAGCACUCUCGCUUGACCUCGGUGGCCUCGAGUUUAGGGACGAAGUUCUGACUCUCGAAGUAUCAGGCUACAACAGUCCUGGAAGCAUGUCCGCGGCGACUGAACGUGACAGCAAUGUCCUUACGAUAUCCUGGCGUGUCCCGUCCGUGCGCUAUGUCGCAGAGUACCCUGACACGGUAAAUGCUGCUGCAAAAACGCGGGAACUUGACCGCCAGAUGUGCUCUGGGCGCCGGGUCAAAGUUGAGGUCAACACCAUGCCUCCUGGCCGUUUCGUACCAACAUUCCACAACAACUCAGUCAAGAUUAGUUUCCUUCCUCUAACUGUCUCUGACGAAGAAGUUAAAACAUUUUCUGGCUCGGAUGUUGUCAGGCAGUUGAUGGGGAAAGGUGUCAUUUUCGACGGAGACAUUGGUCAUAUUACUACCACAUUGCGGGAUGAUAUCGAACGCAUCUCUCCUGGAACCCUAGUGUCGCUGGAGCCGCUGCUGCCGACUCCAAACACUGAAGGUAUCGUUCUGGUCCGUGCGCGGUUUUCUUCUUGGGAGGACGCGAACACGGUGCAUACCCGUCUCCUUAACCAUCGUAUCGGGAACGUGUCCUUUUGGUUCCGGCUCCCAAAUCCCACACAGUACUCAAUUACUAUCUCUACUGAGCAGUUCCGCGCACAGAAGUCUUUGUGGGAUGCCUUGAUCGGUAGCAUCAAAGACAAGCGUGCGUGUAUGCUGCACAUUCAUGAGCAGGGUGCCGUCGUCCGGAUGCGUUUGUCUGGUUCCAAGAAAGAGGCCAUUGGCGCACUCAAAGUUAGAGUGGAAACCCUGAUCGCUGGUGAGAAGGUGGAAGGGUGGCACAUGACACUCGGAUAUCCAAACAACAAUUUUUUGCGUUCGGUUUUUGACAAUACAGGGGCACUCGUACGUGCGGAUUGGAGACGACAGGUUUUGAAAGCUUAUGGAGAGUCAAAAGCUGUUGAACAGGCUCGUGAGUUGAUCAAGGACAAGCUGGAGCAGCUCUCGUCGCUCGAGUAUACCAAAGUACUCGCGAGGCAGUCGGUUCGAUUUUUCCUCGCACGUGGAAUUCCAGAGCUGAAGGAAACUUUUGGCGAGGACAACGUCAAAUUCGUUAUAGCUACACGGAGAAUCACAAUCUCUGGUGGCGAGGAAGCUCGACACGCCCUCGAGCGCUUGAUCCAAAGUUCGCUCAGUGGACCACAGAUCCUCCCAGACCCGUCAGGACUGCAGUCCUGCCCGAUCUGCUAUGAUAACAUAUCCUCCCCACUUCAUCUUGGUUGUGGGCACGUCUACUGCGCUCCUUGCAUGCGUCAUUUCUUGACAUCCGCUUUGGAUUCUGGUCAGUUUCCGCUCACGUGCAUGGGUGAUGAGACCCAGUGUAAAGUUCCCAUUCCCAUUCCCACUAUCCAACAAUUCCUCCCUCAAGCUUCCUUCGACCGCCUGCUAGAAAUAGUAUUCAAUGCACAUAUAUCUCGGCAUCCGCAGGAAUUCAAAUAUUGCAAGACACCAGACUGCAAUCAGAUCUACCGCUCCACCGACCCCAACACUACGGUCGUAGGCCAAUGCCCUUCGUGUUUCUCAAACAUAUGUACAUCGUGCCAUGAUGACGUCCAUGACGGUAUGAUCUGUGGCGAAAAAAAGCGGCAGGCUGGACGCGUUGCUGAGGAGGAGCGAGAAACGGAGGCAUGGCUGACAGCUCAUGGCGGGCGCGUGAAGAAAUGCCCAACUUGUCAAGCACUGAUCGAGAAAGUGGAUGGCUGCAAUCAUAUGACUUGCACUCUGUGCAAGAGCCAUAUUUGCUGGCGAUGCAUGGGCGUCUUUUCUCCCACCACCAUCUAUACGCACAUGAGCAGCGAACAUGGCACGAUCUACGACGAGAAUCCCGUUGAUGAGCCUGUCAAUGUACGCGAACAGCACUGGCUGUUUGAAUUGGCAGCGCAGCAACGUCAGCGGCAGGAAGCGCUGCGCGACCGGCGGGCCGAGCAGGCGCGAAUCGAAGAGCAGCAGAGGAGGGAGAACAAUGAUGCGCUGAUACGGGAGGUAGCAACAAGACAGGAUGCAGUGGUGAGGCAAUUGACAGAUAGAAGAGAAGCAGUGAGACGCGAGGCAGCAAGACUAGAAGAUACGAGGCGAGUAGAGGCAAGGAGAGACGAAGCGAGGCAACGUGCUGCUUUCCAAGACCAUUACGAUCAAGUACGUCAAAGGCUCAUGGAAGAGAGAGCGAGAGCCCGAGCGCAGCAAGAGGAACGAUCGGGCUGGGGUUGCACUAUCAUGUAACGUGUUUCAUCAAACACAUGAAGGGAAUGUCUAGUUAGGAUUCUCAUUACAGGACAAUGUACGCCAAGCAACAGUUACAAGUACAGAUACAUGCAUGAUGUGGAUAUGAUUAAAAUAAAUAUGCGAAAUCGAAUGCAAAAACAGGUAAGAUCGUCAACUUCCACUCGAUCA